AUGGAAAAAUCAAAUUAUCCCCUUAAAAAUAAAUCAAAUAAAAAUGAUAUCAAUAAUGUAGAUGAUUCUUUAUGUUCGUCAAAUAAAGAGAAUGAUAUUGAUGAUUUAGAAGACUUACCAGAAUAUGAAAGAGAAUUAAUUUUAGCUAAAAGGCACGAGGAAUAUAUGAAAAAAAAACAUAGAAGUAUUUUGUUAAAAAAUAUAAGUAUCGAUAAUAAUUUAGAAGGAAAUUGUAGCGAUGAUAAUAAUAUUCAUACUUUAAAUAAAAAAAGUAGUUUUAACAAUAAAUCAUUACAGUCAAAAUCAAAAAAACAGAACAUUUUUAGUGAAAAUGUAGAAACUGAUAAAAUAAAUAAAAAAUCAAGUAAUUAUAAAAAAAAUAGAAAAUUAACAACAAAAACUGGUAAACAUAUUAAACAAGAUAAAGAAGAAACAAAUUACAUUAAAAGCAACGAAUCAAAAAAAAAAAGCGAUUCAUUUAUACAUAAUGAAAGGGGAAGUUUAAAAUUGUCUAGUGAUAAUAAUAGUAAAUCUAAAAAUAUAAUUAGUAAAAAAAACAAUAAUUUAGAAAAUGAUGAUAAAAAUUUAAGUGCUGAUAGUUAUGAAAAAUCAUCAGACACAUAUUCUAGUUCUUAUCAUAAAAAAAAAAAAAGUAAAAAAAAAAAAAAAAUAUCACUAAAUAAUGAAGAAAAUAAAAAUAGAAAAAGUAAUAAAGAUAAUAAUAAUCUAAUAACGACAAAUAAAAACAAAAUACUAAUGUCAUCUAAUCAAGGAAGUGGAAUGGUAGAAGAAAGAAAAAGUGCUGAUAAGUGUAAAUAUUUAAAAAAUAAUAGAAGUGAAAGAGAAAUAGAGAAGCAACAUAACGAACUUUAUUCUAAUGAUAAAAGUGAUGAUAUAAUAAAAAAGAAAAAAUUGCAUUUAAAAAAAGAUUCAGAAAAGAGUUUUGUUAAUAAUAAUAAUAUAAAAAAUCAUAAAAAUGAAUCAUUUAUUUAUUCUAAUGAUCAACAAAAAAAAUUACCUGAUGAUUCAAAAGAAUUGGAUGAUUUAGUAAAAAAAGAGAAGCAUUUAAAAGAACAAGAAACUCCAGAACGUUUAAUAUAUCUUUAUAAAGAAGAAAAAAAAGUUAAAUUGGAUAUAUAUAAAUAUAUGAGUUAUGAAAUUAUAACAUAUUUUCAGUUAAAAAAAACUUUUCUUCUCGAUAUGAGUGAACAUGUUAAUUUUCCUUAUUACGUAAUUGGACAUAUUAUAAAAAUAAUUGAUAGCAGUAAGUUAAUAAAAGUCUCUAAUAUACUAAAGAAUCAGCAUAAAAAUAACAGUCAAGAGACAAAUAAAAGUAACAACUCAAUGGAUGAAAAAAAAAAUAUAUUUUUUUUAACGAAUGUUAUUAAUAGUGAAAAUUAUUUUUCUCUAGAUAGGCAUACCAAUAUUAAAUUUGAAAUAGCACAUUUAGAAAAUUUAUCAGAUGUUCAAUUUUUUAAUAAAAUAAAGAAUAUAAUGAAUCAAAAUAAGAAAAUUUCAAUAAACGAAUUAAGUAUAGAAAAUUAUGAAACUUACAUAUGUGAUAUGAAUAACAUAUCUGAUGAAAAACUUACAAUAGAUGAAUAUAAUUUUAUAAAAUUAUUUUCUGUUAAUUUAGAAAUUUUAAAAAACUUUCAUUUAUUUUUAAAAGAAAAAAUAGAAGACUUAAAAAAUUUUCAUUAUACAGAAAAGCAAAUUCAAGAUUUAGUAGAAAUGAAAAAAAAAAAGAGUUUCCAUGAAAUUUUUAUGAACAAUAAAAAUAUUGAUACCUUACCUAUAUCUCGUAUUACAGUUCAAAGGGAAAUUUGUUCCAUUUUAAGAGAAAUUGAUACUUUAAAUUAUGCAAAAAGACGUAUAAAAGAUGAUAUAAACACUUUAUCAAAAUUAAAUAAUCAAAUUGAAUUAUUAACAAAAAAAAAAGACAUUUUACGGGAACAAUUAGAAAAAUCUAGAACUAACUUUAUUGUAUCUAAAAGUAAUGAAAAUUUUACACAAGAAAAAGAAAAAAAUUUAAGUAGAAGAAAACCUAUAAAAACUUAUUUGAAAACAUCAAUGAAUGAUGAAAUUUCAAGUAAAUUUCUAGGAGUAGAAGAAAAAAAUAUAUCAGAUUUAGCUAACUAUUUAUAUGAAGAAAAAAGGACUUUUAAUAAUUUUGUAACCAGUAAAUUUUUUGAUAUGCCUUUGAAUAUACAUUAUAAAAUUGUUAACCAUUUUUUAUUGGGAAAUUUACAAAAUAACAGUGAAGUUUUUUAUGAUGAUGGUACUGAAAAAAAAAGUGAAGAGCAUGAGCUUUUCGGAAUUAAUAUUAGUAAGUACGUUACACUGUUUGAUGAUAUAAAAAAAAGUUAUAAAUAA